AUUGCCAGCAGUCUCUCUGUUCUCAUGCGUUGGGCAGUUAGCUCGCAUCUUCUCUACGGACGAAUAUAUCAUUAAUUCCUUAAACAGAGAAACACAUACACACUGCACAACAAGAGGCUUCCUCAGAGAGAUUCUGCAAUUUUCAUCGCCGAUCUCUCAACGGUCAGCUUCUUCAUCUGCAUCCUUCUCGAUCUAGGUUUUCCAAUUCUUCUUCUCCUUACACAAUUCCUUUUGUUCGAUUUCAAAUUGAAUCUUCCAGCAGACGUUUGAUUUCGUACGAAUUCCAAAUAGGUAUUCUAUUUCUAAUUUUCUCGAGAAAAUUUUCGACUUUUUCGUUAUUUUUCUACUGGGAAAGUUCCCUGGAUUCUAGUUUCGUUGUAUUCAGAUCCAAAUUUAUGUUCGACAUGGGUUUCAACUCCCGUUUCAGUUACACGAAUAUUAGAGCAGAGUCCUGAAUUUUCAUGAAAUCAGAUUGAUUUUUGGUUUCAAGCUUGCGGAUUAAGCAUUGGGCAAUUGGGAACCACUGUAUAGCUUAGAGGGUGCGAAGGUGUGGCUCUCGUUGUUCUAAAAUUGCAAACUUGGGUUUAACUUUGAUUGUUGCGAGCACUUGAGGUGUGGGUAUUUCAUGCUUUGGGAGAACUCUGAGUGAUUUGAGAGUUUUAAGGAGCUCUGGUUGUGUGGCAAAUUGGCAAUAGGUUAUUGUAGUAGACAAUGUUCUAUGGUACAUUGGUAUGGGACCCCUGGCUCAUUGUUGUCCAAAUUGUGUGCCUUCAAUGUUUGUAUUAUCUCACUCUUGGGUUCUUCUUGUCAAUUCUUGUUGGGACUCGCGUGUCCCGAAUGAGCCUCGUGUAUUUCUUUGAUUAUGCUACUCUUACUGUCUCCACGGUCACUGGGUGGUGCGUCAUUGCUUCGUUUAUGCUCAGUGCACUUGCAGGCGCUGGAUAUCUGCUUCUUCUGAUUGAGAGGGCAAAGAAGUGCUUAGAUUUUUCAGCCACCGUCUACAUUGUACAUCUCUUUAUAUGCAUUUUUUAUGGGGGUUGGCCUUCCUCAAUAACAUGGUGGGUUGUGAAUGGUACUGGAAUUGCAGUGAUGGCUUUGUUGGGUGAAUAUCUCUGCAUUAGACGUGAACUGAAGGAGAUCCCUAUAACACGAUUUCGUUCAAAUGUUUGACUGACGAGAAACUCGACAGGCAAGAACACACAUUCUUGUGGGGUUUAGUGGCUAUUUUUUUCGUUGCUUUGGAGGAGCUUCUAUGUUAAGCUCAUGAAUACCCAAUUCAAUCUGUGAUGAGAUCAACCACCUUAUUCUGUGGAUUCUUUUGUCUAUGCUGGUGGCAGUUACCUGAGAACAAGUGUAAAGUUUGACACAGUGCUUUAAAUGAUGGGAGGUUUGAGCACAUGAGACUAGGUAUGCAUUGUGUUAGGAGAAUCUUAAUGUACAAUUUUAGGUGGUUUUAAGUAGAGCAAUGGUUACUGUGCUUCUGAUAUCAUUGUCCCCCUUUUUUUAAAAUUUAUUUUUAUAAAUUCGCCAUGUCAAUUCAGUUUUCAUUAUUCCUAUUUUUUAUUAUAAGCUGAAUGGUUUCAAUUACUGUUAUGAAUUGGUAAUUAUUUUGUGUGAUCAGACUCUGUUGUAGGAUCUGCAAACUGAAAUUUUCAUACAGAAAUGCUUUUUAAUAUUGCUUAA